AUGGCCCAGUAUGGCUUCCAAGUGGAUAUUCUGGCCUUACGACGAUGGUCCCUACUUCGAGAAGCGCCAGCCUCCCUUACUCCUACUCUCGCGCGCCCAAUGCUGAACGAGUUGAACACCCCCGGCAGAAAUGACAAUGCCGAAGCGGCCCCAUUUCGUCUCCUCGACCUUCCAUUUGAGAUUCUCAGUGAGAUUCUGUGUAUGGCAAUGUCCAGUACAGACAAUUUCUGGUUGGACCGCGAAGUCAUCACCUUGGGAGAAUCGCUGAAGUCGAUCAAAUAUACACGCGGGCGUAUUAUUUGGCGAAAUUCCAAUGCUGCCUAUCUGAAUUUGUUGACCACGAACAGGGAAAUCUAUGACGAAGUUCAGCGGAUUCUCUUCAGUCGUUUCGCCUUCGAUGCUCUUGGAUGGGGUUACACGAUGAAAUACUCUGACCCUUCGAAGACUCCCAACCACCUUCCCAAGCAUCGGAUCAUGCAUAUCACUUACACUCCCUACCUGACUGACUACAUUCGAGAACAUCGGCAAAGUGUCAAACGUAUAAUUUCGGGGCUCCCUCUGCUCAGUACAGUCCGAAUUUUGGUGUCUUGGGCAUGUGCAGAGCGUCUAGUCAGAUGCAAGACUCCCAACGCAGGUUCGCUACAUAUCACAACCGUGACACGCUUGUUUCGAGGAAUAGGAAAAGUGGCAGUUGUUGGACAGUCGCUUGUAGGCAUGCUGCAGAUACAGAUGGUGUUGAGCGCAAGGAAAGAACUGCAGCACGAACCAUGGUACUGGGAGCUUGACUUGGACUAUCCACUCUACAUGCCUUUCUUCACCCAAAUCAUGGAAGAGCAUCUUUGA